GAAGGAGGAGGAGGAGAGGAGCAGUCAGCAGGCCCGAGGAGGCAGGACUUCCUGGUGUGGGGGUUGUCAACAGCCCAGAAAGAGAAAGGCAGAGAGACCGGAGAGAGAAGAGCCGAGGAGCGGAGAGAGACCCAGCGGUUCCACGCGGGGGAGAUUUGAGAGACCUGCUCGCCCCAGCCACCUAGGCGGCUCCACCUGGAGGAUCGGGGUGGGGGCAGAGCCGCCUCUUCCCUCACCAGUCCGGAGACCCUUGGGGCUUCAGAGGCCGCGCCUGGGCUCCACCAAGGAGGCGGGGGUUCCUUCUUUUCUGGCGAGCAAACUUUUUACGAAGAUGCCUUGCGGGGCGAAGUGCGGCCCCCGAAGAGAACCGGACAGCCCCUGAUCGCCGCCCGCGCCCCCCGCGCUGCUGGGGCCAAGAGGCCCCGCGGGAAGGACAGCCCGACAUCUUAGGCUCCGGGACCCCCGGCCCAGCUCGGUGGCCGAGGCCGAGAGUUUGCAAACUCAGCUCUGGAGUUGGGCAGCGCCAGGGGCAGGAAAAACCUGCCCCUGCCCCUGCCCCCACCUCCUGCCACCUCCCCUGCCCUGUGCUCCCUUUACCAGCCAAGUACCCCCAGUUCCUGCAAAGCCCUCCUGCCAUGUCGGACCCAGAUGUCCCCAGGGGCCCUGAUGCCCCCGCCAUGUGGCCCCCCUGUUCCAGGGGUGCCUGAGCCCCUGGAGGAGCCCCAGCUGCACCCCCUGCCCACCUUGGCCGAGUCCUGAGCCCCAGGGACCAUGAGUGGGGGCAAGAAGAAGAGUAGUUUUCAAAUCACCAGCGUCACCACGGACUAUGAGGGCCCAGGGAGCCCAGGGUCUUCAGAGCCCCCUGCCCUGCCAGGCCCCACCGCGCCCCCACCCCGUCUGCCUAACGGGGAGCCCAGCCCCGAGCCAGGGGGCAAAAGCACCCCCCGGAACGGCUCCCCACCACCUGGGGCCCCCGCCUCCCGUUUCCGGGUGGUAAAGCUGCCCCAUGGCCUGGGAGAGCCUUAUCGUCGAGGCCGUUGGACGUGUGUGGAUGUUUACGAGAGAGACCUGGAGACCCCUGGCUUCAGCCGGCUCCUGGAAGGAGUUCGAGGGGCCUCGGGGGGCACUGGGGGCCGAUCUUUGGAUUCCAGGUUGGAGCUGGCCAGCUUGGGCCUGGGUGCCCCAACCCCGCAGCCAGGCCUGUCUCAGGGCCCCACCUCCUGGCUCCGGGCGCCCCCUACCUCCCCUGGACCUCAGGCCCGCUCCUUAACCCGGGGGCUGGGCCAGCUGGCAGUACCUGGUAAAGCCAAGGUGGAGACACCCCCUCUGUCAGCCUCCCCACCCCAGCAGCGUCCCCCAGAGCCCAGGACAGGGGAUAGCGCCGGCCCCUCCCGGGCUGCCACGCCCCUGCCCUCCCUGAGGGUGGAACUGGAGGCUGGGGGCUCAGCAACAGGGACCCCUCCACUAUCCCGAUCAAAGGAUGGAGCCCUGCGGCUGAGGAUGGAGUUGGUUGCUCCAGAGGAGAUGGGGCAGGUGCCCCCACUCGACUCUCGCCCUGGUUCCCCAGCCCUCUACUUGUUCCCCGAUGCCAGUCUGGUUCACAAGUCUCCAGACCCCUUUGGAGCAGCAGCAGCCCAGAGCCUAAGCCUGGCCCGCUCCAUGCUGGCCAUCAGUGGCCACCUGGACAGCGAUGAUGAUAGGACCUGGCAGUCAGGAGGUACUUGAAUAAGUGGAUGGAUGGACGAAUGGAUGGGUGGGUAGAUGGCCAGCCUUGGGGAUCCAGGCAUUAUAAGGAAUGAAUCCCAGAGACUUGAGAAAGAAAAGGUACAUUUAUUUAUCCAGUGCUUCCUUUGGGUCGGGUGCUACCUUUUAUCUCACUGAAGCAACCUCAUGAUCCCUACUUUCCAGAUGAAGAAGCUGAAUGCAAGCCAGAGGAGGAAGGUUUAAGGAACUUGCUCAAGGUCACCGAGCUAGUAGAUACCAGGAUAGUAUUCAGAACCUGGGUCUGACCCCAAAGCCACAUUCUCCAUUCUCUUACUGGGAUGCCUAUGUCCCAAGAAUCAAGGAGGAGGCAAUCAUUUCUAGGAUGCCCUUUCUCUCCAGGACAGGGGCAGGGACAGCUCUCCUAAGCUGGGCAAGGAGCCACCCCUCCCUCUCCCCCACCCCCACACUCUGGCCUGGCCCCACCCCAAAGACACCACGGAUCCGGGAGGGAGUAGUAUAGAGAGGGCAGCCGGAUGCCACUUCUUUGGCCUCAGGCCCAUCCCCUACGGGCUCCUCAGAGCAGGGCUGGCCCUUGUCCCCAGGAUUAGAACCUUUCCACCUCUCCCAGGUGGAUCCUCAUUUUGAGGCAGUUUCAUUUGACCUUCAAAAAGGAAGACCGGCCUCUAGGGCUAUCCUUGUUCCAAGACUCAAGAGUCCUGCAGGGCCAGUCCUCAGCUGUGCCUAUCAUUCAUGCCUAACCCCAAGGGGCACCAUUCACAUUUGAAGUCAUUAUCACCGACACUUGAAGUCAUGACAAUUUUCCCCAAGAUGGCAGUAAGUGUCUUGAAGGAGGGGGCAUCCUGUUCUUAUUCACACAGUUGCCUCUGGGCUUGUGGUGGGAGCUGAUCCCACCCAGCCAACUCUAAGCUUCAGGGUCCUGACUCUGCCCUGGGAAUUCCAGCACAGCACCUGCUUUUUACUUACUUGA